CCCGUGGCUCCACCGGGCGUGAGUGUCGAGCUUUCGUUUGGUGCUCUCCAGAAAUCUAAUCUCAAAUGGUGGUUAACAUCUGCCUGAAGGAUCUAUUUAUAUCUGAUCUACAAAUAUUGAUUUCAUUUGCAGUUUUGGGUCCUGUGAACUGUUGCUGCACGAGCUAAACACCCCGGAAGUGUUUUGCUAGGACGCUUUUGUGUUUGCUUGUUAGCUGAGGCUAGCUCAUCGGCUAACUCCACUGCCCACGGACUGCUUGGCUGCAAAGAAACAACAAGUUUGCAAAAAAGAUGGAAAACCAGUCUGUGACAACCGGGGUGGCAUCUACGACCUCUUCAACUUCAAGUAAUUGCAUCGCAAAUGAUAAUGCAGCAGCUAAUGAUAACAGCAUCCCUCCAGUCACGAGUAAUGCUUCAGCCUCAGCAGCAAUGGCAACUCCAUCAGCGGACACGUCUGUCUCCAAUGGAGUUUAUGUUCCAGGGGGCAUCACAAAUGGAGAUGUGAAACCUGCCAUUUCCACCACUCCUCUGGCAGAUUUUCUGAUGCAGCUGGAGGAUUACACGCCCACAAUUCCUGAUGCAGUAACAGGUUACUACCUCAACCGAGCUGGCUUUGAAGCGUCUGAUCCAAGAAUAAUCCGCCUCAUCUCUCUGGCUUCUCAAAAGUUCAUCUCCGAUAUUGCCAAUGACGCACUGCAGUAUUGUAAAAUGAAAGGCACGGCUUCAGGAAGCUCGAGAAGCAAGACAAAGGAUAAGAAGUAUACUCUAACAAUGGAGGACUUACAACCAGCUCUUUCUGAAUAUGGAGUGAACGUCAAGAAACCAUAUUAUUUUACAUAGGACCACCUGUGUUUUUUUGUAUUUUGCUUUUGGUAGUUUUAGUUCUUUUGCUCACGCACAAUAGAGACUGUAUACUCAAUUUGCUAAACGUUUCAUUUUGUUUUUUGGUGCUUUUGAACUGAUUUCAAACAUUUCUUCAUUAUGUGAAACUGUAAAACCAUUAUGUUUUAUUGUGAAUAUAAAUUCUAUAAAAUA